AUGGCGUGCGAGCAGAACGAAGGGGUCAUCAAGAAAAUAAUCCGCGAGGUUGGGCAGGAAUGUGCCGCCCGGGGACACGCCGUGUCUGAAACCCUGGUAGCGUUCAUGGUGAAAGCUGUUGUUUUAGAUCCAGUAAAUGACUUUAAUUUGGAUCAAGUCCUUACAAAAACCGAUGUGCAAAAUCUUAUCCAGAUCUGUGUUACCAGGCUGCUUGACACAACAAACCCUUCCCUGUGCACAAUUAAGAUGCAAGUUUACUUUGACAUGAACUAUGCAAACCGAGCUGAAUUACUCAGCGAGCAGCGCCGUGUUCUGGAGGGAAGGCUGGCUCCACUGGUCAGAGACAUCACAGGUAGUCGUCCCCGAUUGCAAAAAGAAAUGGAGAAUAUGUAUCAGAAGAUCAUUAGCUAUGUGCUGCUGAGCUCUGGCCUGGGAUCACCAACAGAUAUUGAGGUUGUCAGGGAGGUUACAGCUGCCCUGCAGAGUAUAUUCCCCCUGACAGAGAUGAUUGCUUUCAUCUCACUCAGUAAGAAGAACAAAGAGGAACAGCUGAAAAAUUUUACCAUGCUAGUCACAGGAAUUCGGUUGUACAACAAGGAAUGCAGGAAAGGAGGACGCAAAAUUGAUGACUUGCCAGCCAUUCUGAAUGAAGCCAUUCCAUUAGCUACACAGGCUGUGGAUGAAGAUCUCAAUACUUGCCAUAUGCUGGCCCACAAGUAUACAGCUCUCUUGGAAUGCAUGCAGGAAGAUGAACACAGAUGUAUGGAGCUUGGUUCUUUGAAAUUAAGAGAAGCACUGUUCAGUGUGCGACAAUAUGAAGCCUUCCUUUGUAUCCUUCUGUCUGAUGCAAUUACAAGUGCUCAAGAAGUUGAAAAGAUGAAUGUGGAGUUUGCAGCAACAAUGGAGCAGCUGAAAAACACAGUGCGGGAUAGGGUUGCCGUAGAUACCAAAGAAGUUUUUCCUCUCUUUGUCGCACUCUCUAACCUCUGGACUGGCUUUCAGGAUGAGAUGCUACUGCUAAGCUUCCUCACAAAUAUGACUAACAAUCUGCAACAGUUCUUGGAAAUUCAUUCACAGUUUUUUCCUGAGGAAGUCCUAACAUCUCUUCUGGAAGGAGUGACUGUGAAAACUGAUAAGGAAAGGAUAGAAGAAACCAUGGGGACCACAGUGGAUGUUUCUGAUUUCGAGAACCAAGAAUGGCUUUUUCCAGGGACUACUGACAAUUUUGAUCAAUUGCUGACCCAGUACCAUGGUUUCUGUGCAUAUGCAAUUGGUGUGAAAGGCCUCACCCUCCCAGGAAAUCCUGCAAUUGGAAUUUUGAAGCACAAGGAGAGGUGUUACAUUUUCAGUUCCAAAGAAGCUGCCUACGUAUUUGCUCAAGAUCCAGAUAAGUACAUCCAACUGAAUGUAGAAAAAGCAAAAAAAUACACAGAGCUAAUUCAGCUGCUUGAGCUCCAGCAUCAAUUUGAAUACUUUGCUCCAUAUGCACAGAUCAGAAGUGCAGACAAAUUUUUUAUGAAACCAACCACAAAAUGUGACUGCAGUACUCAAACUGAUACUCAUAUCUUGCCUCCAACAAUUGUGGCAUCUUAUGAAUGGAAUGAAUGGGAACUGAGAAGAAAAGCUAUAAAAUUGGCCAAUCUGAGGCGCAAAUUAACCCACUCCAUGCAGACUGAUCGCAGCCACAUGAGAAGAGAGAAUAUCAGCCAGGUCUACUUGCCAAAAGAGGUGGGCACCCAGAGCAAGCGUGAGAGCUCAAGCAAUGUACCCAGACCACAGAUUUUCUUAGAAGGUCUCCGAGGAAGAUCAUCUACAACUCAAAUGCUCAAAGUAGAUUUAACAAGAGCAGCAGAUGAAACCUGA